CAAAUUCUCCUCCUCCUCCACCCUUCCCUUUUAUAUUCUCUCGCGUCUCCAUUCAUUGUCAUCCUUGCCUAGCUCCCACUCUCCUCUUUCUCUCUCUGUAUCCGACCGCAAUGGCGGCUCUGGCAAGCAGAAUCUCUUCAACUCUUUCCUCUUCACCUCAUCUCCGAACCCAUCACGGCCCCUCAACUCCCCGCUCCAUUUCUUCCUCCCUACGCUUCUCUCCUUCUCCCUCUCCCUCUCCCUCUUCUUCUUCUUCCUCGUCACCGUUCACGGAGAAGCACUCUGGGGAGAGGUAUUCUCGGGACAGCUGGCUCUACAAGAACUCCGCCGCUGCCUCUCCCUUCGACCAGUCUCUACCUCUGCCUCACGACUCCGACUCAAUCCGCCGAAACGACAUUGCCCUCCAGCUCCCCGAGCUCAAGAACCUCCUCUACGUGCUGCGGGAGAAGAGGCGGCGGCAGCACGGGGGCGACGGGGGAGGGGACCAAUGCGGGCCCGGGAACGUGUACUUGGUCGGGACCGGGCCCGGGGACCCGGAGCUGCUGACCUUGAAGGCGGUGAGGGUGAUCAAGGGCGCUGAUUUGCUGCUCUAUGAUAGGUUGGUGUCCCAUGAGGUGCUCGAUCUGGUUGGCCCUGAUGCCCGGCUUCUGUAUGUCGGGAAGACUGCAGGGUACCAUAGCAGGACGCAGGAGGAGAUACACGAGCUGCUUCUCAAUUUUGCAGAGGCAGGAGCUACAGUAGUGAGACUUAAAGGAGGGGAUCCGCUGGUAUUUGGAAGAGGUGGGGAGGAGAUGGACUUUUUGCAACAGCAAGGGAUUCAUGUGAAAGUUAUUCCAGGCAUAACCGCCGCUUCAGGAAUAUCAGCGGAGCUUGGGAUUCCAUUAACCCAUCGGGGAGUAGCGAACAGUGUUAGAUUCUUUACUGGGCAUUCAAGGAAAGGUGGGACCGAUCCUCUGUUUGUAGCUGAAAAUGCAGCAGACCCCGACUCUACCUUAGUCGUUUACAUGGGCCUCUCAACUCUCCCUUCUCUUGCCCAAAAAUUGAUGCAUCAUGGUCUCUCUGCUGAUACACCAGCUGCUGCAAUCGAGCGUGGGACCACGCCUCAACAGCGGACUGUAUUUUCCGAGCUGAAGGAUCUUGCCGGUAAAAUUGCUGAGGCAGAGUUAGUCUCCCCCACGCUGAUCAUCAUCGGGAAAGUAGUUGCUCUCUCACCAUUCUGGGAUUGUUCUGUGGAGGAAGCCACCUCUUUGGUUGAGGCGUCAUGAUGCAUGUUUGUGAGCUUUGGAAGUUAUCAUUGUGAUUUUGUUUUCCCGAUUCCAGCAGAAGCAGUGAAGUUGUGGAACUGCUUUCGAUCUAACAUCCUCGUGGUUGGUGGAGUUCUUGGAACAUGUCAAGAACGGCAGGCGUCGAGCAUCCUUGGCAUAGGAAAGACUACAGGAGAGCGCCAAAGGCGAAAACAUGGACGCAUGCUUUCCAAGAAACACAGCCGACUAUUGAGAUGGCUGCAGCAGAAAAUGAAGAUUAAUUCGUGGGAACAUCCCAUUAGAGGAACUAGAAUCUGAUUGAUUGGAUUGGACUUGGAGCUAGGAAGGUUCGAUUAUGCAAAGAAAGCUAAGCAUUUUUUUUUUCUAAUGAAGUAAAUGUUUUAUUUUUAUUUUUUUGUUUCCUAGUUUCUGUCAAUUGGCAAAGCCGGUUCCAUUGUUUCACAAUUCACAUUGCGAGUCAAUCAAAUUCUGUAAUUUGAAGUUGUCAUUUGGACCACUUUA